GACGAUCGUGCGCUCGAUUUCGGGUGAUUUCGGUUAAUUUCGGUUAAUAUCGAAAGACCUUCUGAAUCGCGCCGAUCACGCUACCCGCUCGUUCACCGGUAUCACCAUCUUGUUUGUUUCGUCAACGGUAGGACGCGCAAAAUAUCCAACGGUACCGCGAAAAAUCACUUUACUCGUGGAAUUACAGGAAAUUAUAUCUUGAGUUCGUACAUCUACUCACGUAUACCCAUCGUAAUAAUAUACAAUCGAUAAACUGAAUAUGUCUCACGGUGGUAGAAACGAAUGUAGGAUUUACGUGGGUAAUUUGCCACCAGAUAUACGAACGAAAGAUAUCCAAGAUCUUUUCUACAAAUUUGGUAAAGUAACAUUUGUUGACUUGAAAAAUCGUCGGGGACCGCCGUUCGCUUUCGUCGAAUUUGACGAUCCAAGAGAUGCAGAAGAUGCAGUGCAUGCAAGGGAUGGUUACGACUACGAUGGUUAUAGAUUAAGGGUUGAAUUUCCAAGAGGUGGUGGUCCUAGCAACAAUUUUCGCGGUGGACGUGGAGCAGGUGACAGUGGCAGAGGUGGCCGUGGUGAAAUGAGCAAUUCUCGUGGUCGUGGUCCGCCUGCACGACGGUCUCAAUAUAGAGUAUUGGUUACUGGUUUACCACCAUCUGGAAGCUGGCAAGAUCUCAAAGAUCAUAUGCGCGAAGCCGGUGAUGUGUGCUUCGCGGACGUUUAUAAAGAUGGUACCGGUGUCGUUGAGUUUCUGAGACAUGAUGACAUGAAGUAUGCUGUGAAGAAGUUAGACGACUCACGAUUUAGAUCACAUGAGGGUGAGGUAGCCUACAUUCGAGUAAAAGAAGACCAUAGCAGUGGCGAUAGAGGACGCAGUGAAGACAGAGAGAGGGGCCGUACUCGUUCCCGAAGCUAUAGCCCACGACGUCGUGGUUCUCCCACUUACUCGCCAUUACGGCGUAAUUACUCGCGAUCAAGAUCUCGCUCCAGAUCUCGUUCAUACGACUAGUGUGUACGUAUGUGUUUCACAUGGUAAUAUAAGUGAGGGUUUACACUGAUAUUUGCUUUUACCAUGUUUCAUUAUUAUUGCUGAUUUGAAUUUUACUCGAGGACAUCCUCCGAUCCAAACAGGUCCUGCAAGAAGUUCAAAUUGAUUCAAUAACUGUAUCGUACUGUAUAUUUGAUGUAUAGAACUAGAGCACGAUUCACAUUUCCGAUACAUGUAUUACGAUUAUUCUUUAAGUUUUUCAUUUCCAAAGUAUACUUAUUAUUCGGUCAAAGAAAUUGGUUUCACGAAUUCAGUUUUCAGUUUAAUAAAAGUUUAAUAACGUUGGCCUUUUAAAAUUGAUUACCUGUGGUAUAAAAGAGAACUGUGUUGAGCCUUAUCCUUACAAAAAAAUGAAAUCGUGCUCACGACCAUAUUUAUCAUGUUUAUUAUCCAAAAAAGUGUUAGAGUUACUUUCAUAUUUAAAGAUACAUUCCUCCAUAUUUGGCAACUUGUUUUGUCAUCACUACAACCUGUGAAAUGUGUAACAAUUUUGAAGUAUUGUUCACGAGACUUGUCAUUGACAACUGUAUUGUGACUAUUUUUAAUUGACAAUAACUCAUCCAAUUCUAACAACGGCGGCUACUUUGUCACAUUGAAGUCAGUGUGUAUUUUAUCGAGCACAUUGACACUCGAAUCCUGAUGUUUGCGUUUGGAUAUACUUUGCAUAGUAAAAUAUUAAAUUUUAAAGAUUGCCUAACGAACGUUUUCACUAUAGUCUUUCAUAAUACGUACUAUAAUGUACGUGUUUACAUUGCUACAAUGCUCUUUUUUUAAUCAAGAUUACCUUUCAUACGGACUUAUUAAGAAAACUUUAUCUCAAUCACGUGCUAACAUACACACAAUAGGAUUUUUUUAGCUUUAGAGAACGCUUUUCUCUCAUGAGUUUUAAGUCAUUGAUAUCAUUUUAAUAAUAAUGUUUGCAUUAAAAAAUAUUUUUUUUAUAUAUUGCAAAACUGAAAAAAUAUACAUAUGUAUGUACAUAUAUGUAUAUUACAGAUAUAUUAUCUAAUCGCUUGAAAAUAUAUAGUGCUAAAUAAAUAAUGUAAAAUCCUGUUUGCUAACAUGUACGAUGUAUCAAAAGUUGCGUACUUUGAACAAUACUUUGACAGCUAUGUCAAAUUUGGGUAAUGUUUGAGUUUUCGCAAAGGCCCCAUUAUAUGAAUAAAGGUUUUACUUUUCUUCAAAUUAAACAAUUUUAUUAAACACUUAUAAGAAUAUAUUAAAUAGGGACUCUUCUCUACGUAUUUAAUUUGCAUUCUUAUAAAUGUUUAAAAAAAUAUAUUUUGUUACACUAUAAUAUAAAAUAUACUUUAUUACUCUAUAACAUAAUAAUAUUAUAAUAUAUAAUUUGAUAUAUAAUAAAUGUAAUAUUGAUUGAUUUUGACUUUAGUGUGUGUGUGUGUGUGUGUGUGCAUUUAAUAUAUCAUGGACAUUUCGUUCCUCUCUAACCUUAUAAGAAUAUAUUAAAUACGUAGAGAAGAGUCUCUACGUAUUUAAUAUAUUUUUAUAGAGAGAGAGAGAUUCUUAUAGUGUUAGAGAAGAACGAAAUGUCCGCACGGAAAAAAAAGUUUAGUUGAAUUAACCAAAUAUCUGGUCGAAUAUGAACGAUUCAGAAAUUUCGAUUGAAGUAACCCGAAUUCUGUUUAAGUCAACUAAAAAUCUUGUUAACACACAUUAAAAUCAAUCAAUAUUACAUUUAUUAUAUAUCAAGUUAUAUAUUAUAAUAUUAUUAUGUUAUAGUGUAAUAAAGUAUAUAUUUUUUUAAAUAGUGUAUUAAGUUAGUCUUUGUGGUAGGUGUGUUUGAAUGAAAAGAUAUCAAUUUCAUAUAGUUUAUGAAGUAGCAUUAAGAACAUUAUUUAAAAUCACACAUUGUAGUUCAAGAACUUGGACAUGAUUGGGAUCACGCUUGAAUCCAACAAAGCAGAUAAAGUGUUAAAAGAUCUAUAAUAACAAAAUUUAAAGCAGAAUUCUAUUCUAUGUCUGUAGAUGUGCUUCUGUAAAUGUCUGUAGAUGUACUUCUUCAAUAUCUGCAAAUGUUUUCUUACAGAAUUCUGCUCUGAAUUGUCUCACAUAUUAUAGAUCACUUAAAAUAGGCAUCUCAAUAACAAAUUUUUUCAAAACGUUUGAGACAGAUAACUAUUUUUAUUUAAAUAUUUAUUUCAACUCUAAAUCUAACAAUGAAUCUGUAAUUAAUAAAAAGUAUGCAACUUAUGAUACACUCCGUAUAUGUAUAUAUCUUUGGCAAAGUAUAUAAAUUAAAGGACUAACAUGCUAUAUAUGUAUAUUCGCAGCAUACAUGUAGAAAUCGUCCAGAAUAUUUUCCUCUUAUACAUAUAGGAUGUGACUAUUAGCUCUAACGGAUAACUUGUGUAUACAAAUAAAUACCUCAAGAUUGUUUACACGGCUCAUCGCAUGAUUCAAUUUGUUGUUUAAAUUGAAAUUUUAAGUUUCGAAAACGCGUAGUGAUGACAAUAUAUUGUGCAUAUACGCUAUAUGAGACUUACGAUUGUGAUGAUUACUAAUCGUUACACAGUUACAUAACAAGCGUAUAUAAUUGUUGGCGUAAAAAAUCUUUCUACUAUCACGCAACCUAAUUCGCUUGAUGGUAACACUCUCAACUGUAUAUGACAAUAGAUUUGCGUGAUCUUUAAUGACGAUGGUAACUUUUUACAAACCAUCUUUUGAUAUUGCCAAAUUGCGUUUAGUGUAAUAUUUCAGGAAAAUGUCUAAUUCAUUCAAACCUUUAACACAUUUCCGAGUGUGAAAAUAUACAACAUAAUAUAUCCAUUACAUAAUCUGAACAUUUCUAAUACGUGCAGGUUGAAAUAUGUCUUAAAUAAUACACGACGAAACCGGUGAAAUGCGCUUAACUAUUACUUGAUAUCUAUUAGUGUCGCUCGCAUUUCCCUGUUUGUGUUUUCCUUUCUUACGCAUUUGCGACGUCUACGUAACGACGAAAAUGUUGAAAUGCUCUUUCUAAAAUAGAGAUAAUUUUUGAAAGGGAAACAUUCAAUAUAUCUCGUGUAUUUUAAAAAGAUACUAUUAUUGCAAAUUGAUCCCAUGAUUUUACAUUGGUUUGUAAACUAAUUCGUAAUCUUUUCUCAACACGUAACUAUUUAUUAAGCAAAAAAUGCUAUUUCUAUGCUGUUUCUGCCGCAAAUUUGUCACAUUAUACAUACAAAUUACUUUUACAUCAUAGGGAUCACAUUUGCAUUGAUAUAUUAUUCUAUAUCUAAUAUCAAUCUACAUCGCAUAAGAAACUAAUGUAUUUUUUCUUCUUUUGUAUAUUGGAUUGGAUUGUAACACAAUGAAUGAAAAACUGAAAUCAA